AUGGAGAGAGUUGUGAGGAGAACAAAGAACAUCCGACUUCGCACUCACGUUGUCGACGCUGCAUAUCUCCCCGCUUUGAUAUACGUCUCAGGAAUUUCGACUCAACGCGAGCAAGAUGAGCAGAAAUCAGCCUCAUUCGACGCUCUGUGGGAAGAAUAUUGCUCGAAAUUUUUUGAUCUACGGAAGUGCAAAGGGGAUUGGAACCCUGAGCUCCGUCAACGACCGAAUGUUAAAGACGCGGUUGCUCAUGUGUACUCCAGCUUGAAGAAAUUGAUGAUCAACGGGACGACAGAUGAUGCAGGUAACACUCGUGUACCGGUGACGGUGCUUCUUCUUCUAAAUCUACUGAAAGGAAAAAAGCAUGCAGAGACUCGAAGGAUUCACCCUUGGAAUAAGGAUAUAGGACAAAGUUUCCUGGCAUUUAUCAAUCCGAUUUUUGGAAUGCGUCAACCAUUGUCUCCAUUUUGUUGUUACCUGCUACCUUCCAUGGCGUUGGCCCAGGCUCAAGCAGUUUGA